CCAGCUCAUUGGAAGGUGAGAUCGUUGGAAUGGAGCACCGCACACUCGCUGUCGUCCUGUCUCCUCCCCCGGCGCACACGACGACGCUGUUUGCGUAGGAGUGUUGUAUUUUGCGGGGAGCGUUGCUUUUCCACUCUCAAAUAACUCCAUUCAAGCGGCGUCUCUAAGUCCGCUGCGGCUCCCAUCUCCUAUUCCGAAGCGAAUUCGCCACAGGUCUUUCUUUUCGACUGAAUUCCGGUUGUUUUUGCAACGCAGCACGAGGUUUGCAUGAGACUGAGCAACGCGCGUCUGCAAAAGUAGAUGUCAAUGUGGACAUUUGUUGGAGAUCACGCCUCUUUUUGCGCCCUUUUCAACCAUUUGGCAAGAAUCCGUUUCAGCCUAAUUUCGCCUCAUUUUUGGAGUCGUUGUUUUCGACACAAGUGAAGACAAACUCGAGCCAGCAAAGGUCGGGACCUGAUUUCCGUCCGACACCGCUGCCAUUGAUGUAAGCUGCUGAAUUCUUCUUAUAUCUAAAGGCUGUUGAUGGAGAGUCAUUCGAAUGACAGCCGGGACAGUGGUCAUCACAGGUGGAAUUCUAGCAACCGUCAUCUUACUCCUUAUCAUCGCAGUACUGUGCUACUGCAGGCUGCAGUAUUACUGCUGUAAAAAGGAGGAGUCUGAGUCGGAGGAGGAGGAGCCAGACUUUGCUGUUACAUCUCGGCUCCCGCCAGUUCACUCCAACCACAACAUAGUGGCGGCGACAGCCGCCGCCUCCUCCAUUCCCAAUGGCCCCGCCCUCUUCUCCACCCCGCCAAUGGCGCGGAAACUGACCAGGUCGCAGACCUUCUGUCCGUCAUGUACACACUAUGAGUUGCCUUUCUACCUCCAGCCCCCUCAGCCACAGGCCCAUCACCAACCGGAUGGGCUGAGGAACGGCGGCGACCGGAUCAGCUACCGCAGCGUCAAGCAGCAGGAUCUGGAACUGCCCGUGCCUGUCAACAUUACAAACUACCGUAAACCAAAUCUGGCACGGUCUGUCACCAUGAGGGACAUGUUCACACGCAGCGUCAGCAUCAGCACUGAUGUUUAAUCGGUUUUGGUUUGGUUUUCUGGCCUUGGAUCGUGGCUGCUGUCCGGCCCAAACAAACCAUGUCCCCUACUGCAGGAUGGGCAGUUUGAGUGACUCUCAGGACGGGAUUACUAAAGGCACUAUGCUGAAGGCCAGAACUCUACUGAAAGGGCCCAUACAGAAUUUAAAGUAUUUUACUGAAAUUUGAAUAUUGUAUAAUUUGAAACUACUGUUUGAUGCACAUCUUGGUAUAAUUGUUGUUUUUCUUUAAGCUGUAAGAAAAUUAUUUACUAGAAGCUUUUAUCGGAUUCCAGACUCCGGCUGUGUCACGAUGACUGCGGACGCACUGACAGAGCCGUCGGCCUGCUUCUCCAACUUCAGAUUGUAGGGGCUGUCAGGAGGUGGGCAAGACAGUUGUGUCAGACAGUCAACGUAUAUAAAGGGCUCACAGAAGAUGGAAACACUUCACUGUUCACCUCUUUUUAGCUUUCCAGGUUUCAGAGAAAGCUGGUGGUCGUGACAGUGACAGGUCUCAUACAUGUGUGAUUAUUUCUGGAAGACGUUCAAAAUAUUUGUUCUUUUUAAUGCUACACACUGAAUCUUAUUUUCGGUUGCUUUUUUUUUUCUAGUCGAAGAAGCUUUAGUGCGCUCUUGUCAUAACAGUUUUUGAUGUGGACUAAUGUGUUGUUGUUGCAGCAGUUCACAAAUCCAAAGUGCACUCUUGAUCGCAGAGCUCAAUCCUGCUGCGUGUAACUGGACCGAUGCAUGGAUGAAUCUUUACGGAUUUGACUCUGAAACAGGAUCGUGGCGAGGUCAUGGAUGCAUCCAAAACAAAACCUAACAUAGUCAUAUUGGCAGGAUGGGUUGAUUAAAUCACAUUCAAAACAUGCACAUUCUGUGAUGCUUCAUCUAUGGGGUCAUAAUCAUGACUGGGAAACUGGACACGGUGUGCACUACCUCCCAUGUUCAGGAAUAUAUCCAUGUAUUUAGCAGACAAGUUGGACAUCAUUUUGGGUUGGCAACAGCUUGACUUUGAGGAUGACUAUAUGAUGAUCAAACCUCUAAGUGUAAAAGAAAAUGAAUUGAAUUGAAACAUGUUUAUUUAACAUCAGGUAAUAAGUUGCUGGCAUUGGUCUUUUUGCAGUGAAUUAUAAUUGCUUAACCACGCGAACCAGCCUGAAUGAAAGCUGAGCCAGAGAACAACGUUUUGAUUUAGUUUAACUUCCCAGCCUUUCAUCAUUUGGGUUUGGCAUCUCCCAUAGGGCUAAUGUGUGAAGCUCUUUCAUCUGAUACUCGGGGUAGAGCUGCUGCUGAAUCUACUAGCGCUAGAUUUCUGGUGAGGUAGUGCUAGGUUUGCUAGCCUUUUAGAGGUUUCAAGGCUUGCCUGAGGACACACCUAGCACUUACGUCUAUUCCAGGAGGUGACAGAAUUAGCCUUCACUUGUUUAUAACAACAAGAAUUAUCGAGCAGGUUUUUAUCAGUGUCACCUUUCUCAGCAACAUGAAGUGCUGAAAUUAAGUGCUUGUUUUUUGUUCCUCUCAGCGAGUGAGGCUGCUGUUUCUCUGGCCUCUAAGACAGAACUCAAGCUUGAGCAUCAUUCACCUUGUUGGCUUUGUCAGAUUUUGUUGCCAUCGUCCAUUCAACCACACCGAUGAUGAUCUGUUGCCAAAACAAACCCUCCGAAUUGGAACUGGUCGUUUCUUUGCUGCGUUGUGUGCCACAGUCCCUUCAGGAGCGCCUGGAUUGAUCGAAGAAAGACUUGAGGGUACGAGUGACAGGAAUGUUGUUGGCUGUUGCGAGGUGACUGACGUGCUUGCUUUCUGUGAUUCUGUCCCAGUUGUUUUUAUCAGCGGCCCUUUAUUUUCCCGGCGGCUGAAACAUGGACUGAUUGAUUGAUGGAGCGUUUUUUCUCGUGACAUGUACUUUCCUUCAUUAACAAAGUCCACAUACUGGCACGCAAACUCACACACAUCAUGCUAUGCUUUCCUCAUUUGCACAGGAAACCUAGUGCCAUAAAACUAAUGAAACACAUUUACCUAUAUAAUUAUGAGUAUUAUGUAUUCAAAUGCAGUGUUGCUUUUACGUGACUUAGUAUUUGAAAGUUAGUUAUUAUCAUUUAUUUAUUUAUUUUUCAUUAAAAUUGGUUUAGUUGAACAGAAAUUCUUCUGUCUUGGUUUGUAAUGUACAACUAACAAACACAAUGUUGCUAAUAAAAUGGUGUGAAAAUGC